AUGAAGCUUGUUCGAUUCUUGAUGAAAUGCGCCAAUGAGACGGUGACUGUCGAGUUGAAGAAUGGCACAAUUCUCCACGGAACCAUCACUUCCGUCAGCCCCCAAAUGAACACCUCUCUCCGAACUGUCAAGAUGACGCCUAAAGGCCGUGACCCCAUCUCCCUCGACACGAUCAACAUCCGAGGCUCGACGAUCCGCUACUACAUUCUACCUGAUAGUCUGCCGCUAGACACACUGCUCAUCGACGAUACGCCCAAGCCGAAGAACAAGGCGCGCAAGGAGGCCGAUCGCGGUGGUCGUGGUGCUGGUCGCGGUGGCCCACGGGGACGUGGAAGGGGGCGAGGCCGAGGCCGGGGUCGGGGAUUCUAA